CACCACACCCGGCUAAUUUUUUGUAUUUUUAGUAGAGAUGAGGUUUCAGCAUGAUCCUAACCUCGUGAUCCCGACUUUCUAGUCAUGGAUCUGCCUCCUCAUAGGUUAAAUUUGCAAAAUAUUACCCGCCCUGUGUGCCUUAGAGCUGCUACAGAUUAAGUAAGAGAACAAUGUUUAUGAAAACAUUUUGUAAACUAUACAAAUGUGGGACAUAAUGUUGCCGGUAACUAUGCAAACAAGACAACAAAGCAAACGCAAAAGCCUUUUUAACUUGUUGCAGUUUUCCUGCUCCUUGUCUCUCGGUGAAUGAGCAGCGUGCAGGAGCGUGUGCGCGCAGCUGCAGUUCUCCAUCAGUGGCACACUGCUCAGAUUGCGGACCGGGGAAACCUCUAUCGCGCGCCUGCCGCCUGCCGAGCGAGACUCGCCGCUCCACUGGAGUCUGCGGGCAGUUGACUCCCUGCCAGAGUGAAACCCGAACUUCCGAGUCACGUGGCGGGCAAAGACAAACCAGGCUGCUCCGGGUUUCUCGGAGCUUUCCCCCAGCUUCCCUGCGGUUCAUAUUCUGGCGCUUACCCCUCCCUUUGGUCUGGCAGAACCCAAUCCCCGCCUGACAAAUAAGUCCCGCGGGUCGGACGCGGUGGCGCGCGCCUGUGCUAAAGCGGGAGAAUCGCCUGAGCCCGGAGGUCGGGGGCUGCAUGAAACCGUGAUCCCGCCACCGCACUCCAGCCUUCGAGACAAAGUGAGACCCUGUCUCCAAAAAUAAGAAUGAAGAAAAAAAAGAACUGCGGCCCCAUUGGCCUGACUCCUCUGACAGCCUACCUGUCUCUGACCAGUUACUGAGGAGGCGGCCUUCAGAGGGUAGUGCCAUUGGCUCGAUAUCCUGCCCCUCCGAAACCUAAGUCUUUAGCCUCCAAUCAGGACUCAGCUUUGGGAAGAGCGCCACGCGGUGAGCGAGGGGAUGCCCCAGUAAACUCGCAGGUCUCUUAACUCCUUCCGCCUUUGUUUACAACCCUGCCAUGAUCUCCCUCUUGCAAAAUCGAGGAUUAGAGAACAGGCAUUCAAGUGUCCUGUUCCCCAGUCACAGCUUUCUCUCUAUUCUUCCGCUAGGAGACACCAAACCCUCAGGACUAUUUACUAUACCUAAGAGAAACUGAGGCAGAAAGGGCGCGGCUACGUACUUCUUAAAUUCCGUCUGUGGACGCUCAGAAUCUUAGUCCCCUACACCCAGAUAUAGCGGCCCUAUCGUGGCUCCUGACAAGGUGGCACCCACUUUUCUAGUGUAAGGCUGGGCGGGGUUUGGCUGGGCAGGUCCAGGAUACGAGAUCCUGGAAGAAAAGGUGUAGUGUUAUGGGCGGUCAACGGGCUACGCUGGCUUGACAGGGCUGAACUCUUCAGAACAGAAACAUGGAUCUCGGAAUCCCUGACCUGCUAGACACGUGGCUGGAACCCCCAGAGGAUAUCUUCUCAGCAGGAUCCGUUCUGGAGCUGGGACUUCACUGCCCCCCUCCAGAGGUUCCAGUGACUAGGGUACAGGAACAAGGAUCGCAAGGCUGGAAGUCCAGUGGAGACCAUGGCUGUGGCCUUCAAGAGAGUGAGCCUGAAGAUUUCCUGAAGCUUUUCAUUGAUCCCAAUGAGGUGUACUGCUCAGAAGCAUCUCCUGGCAGUGACAGUGGCAUCUCUGAGGACCCCUGCCGUCCAGACAGUCCUCCUGCCCCCAGGGCAACCAGUUCUCCUGCCCUCUAUGAGGUUGUCUAUGAGGCAGGGGCCCUGGAGAGGAUGCAGGAGGAAGCUGGGCCAAAUGUAGGCCUCAUCUCCAUCCAGCUAGAUCAGUGGAGCCCAGCAUUUAUGGUACCUGAUGCCUGCAUGGUCAGUGAGCUGCCCUUUGAUGCUCAUGCCCACAUCCUGCCCAGAGCAGGCACCGUAGCCCCAGUGCCUUGUACAACCCUGCUGCCCUGUCAAACCCUGUUCCUGACAGAUGAGGAGAAGCGUCUGCUGGGGCAGGAAGGGGUUUCUCUGCCCUCUCACCUGCCCCUCACCAAGGCAGAGGAGAGGGUCCUCAAGAAGGUCAGGAGGAAAAUCCGUAACAAGCAGUCUGCUCAGGACAGUCGGCGGCGGAAGAAGGAGUACAUUGAUGGGCUGGAGAGCAGGGUGGCAGCCUGUUCUGCACAGAACCAAGAAUUACAGAAAAAAGUCCAGGAGCUGGAGAGGCACAACAUCUCCUUGGUAGCUCAGCUCCGCCAGCUGCAGACGCUAAUUGCUCAAACUUCCAACAAAGCUGCUCAGACCAGCACUUGUGUUCUGAUUCUUUUUUCCCUGGCUCUCAUCAUCCUGCCCAGCUUCAGUCCAUUCCAGCGUCAACCAGAAGCUGGGCCUGAGGAUUACCAGCCUCACGGAGUGACUUCCAGAAACAUUCUGACCCACAAGGACAUAACAGAAAAUCUGGAGACCCAAGUGGUAGAGUCCAGACUGAGGGAGCCACCUGGAGCCAAGGAUGCAAAUGGCUCAGCGAGGACACUGCUUGAGAAGAUGGGAGGGAAGCCAAGACCCAGUGGGCGCAUCGGGAAUGUGCUGCAUGCAGAUGAGAUGUGAGCUGGAACAAACCUUCCCGGCCCACUUCCCAAUCACAAGGAGGAAUCCUGGGCUUCCUUAUGGCUUUGCUUCCCACGGGGAUUCCUACUCAGGUGUCUGCCCUAAGGGGUCCAAAUCACGUCAGGACACCCCAGGAGAUGCCUUUUAGUCUCUCUCUGCCUGAGGCCCGGUCUGCAUAUAUGAGAGGGUACCUCAAAUACUUUCAUCAUAUAUCUGUGAUUUUAUUUCUUCUUUGGGGAUAGAGUUGAGGGGAAAUAAGUCUUGAGUGAGAAAUAAACGUUUUAACCGAAA